AUGAGUAGUGCAAACUAUAACGAGCACCAUCUAUCGAGUGGUCACAUGAUAGGUGAUUAUGGUGGUGGUCGGAAUUACGAUGAAGAGAAAGCACCUUUAAUUCAAAGUGGUGCUCAUGGUCACGGUCAUGGUGAAGAUGGUAAACCACCAAGAGUACUUUCAUUUAUAUCAUUGUUGGCUAUAGCUUAUUUUUGUGUUAGUGGAGGUCCAUAUGGUAUUGAAGGAACUGUAGCAGUAGCACCACCAGCAUAUGUAUUAUUAUUUACCUUUUUAUUACCAUUUUUUUGGAGUUUACCAUUAGGUAUGAUUACUGCAGAAUUGAGUAAUUUGGGAUCUGGAGAGGAUGGAGGAUGCUCUUUAUGGGCAGAGAAAGCAUUUGGAGGUGAAAUGUCUGUUUUACUAGGAUUCUUUUCAUGGGUCGCCAAUACUGUCGAUCUUUCACUCUAUCCUGUACUCUUUGUACAGUAUCUAUCCAACGCAUUUGAUGGAACACGUUAUGAGAAUGACACUUGGGGAGGAAACCUCGAGAAUUGCAGCAACUGCAGUUGGUUCCUUGCCUUUUUAGUCAUUGUCGUCGUAGUGUUAAGUAAUCUUUGGGGUGCCGAAAACGUUGGUAUCGUGUCCAACGUGUUGGCUGUCAUUUUAUUGGCACCUUUUGUCAUUAUGGUCGGUAUGGGUAUCGACAAGGUCAACCUUGGAUUCAUCUUUAAUGCACAAGGUGGAUUCAGUGCAUGGCGUGAUGUCGAUCUUGGUACACUGAUUGCGACCAUUGUAUGGUCGUUCUCUGGUUUUGACGCUAUCGGACAGUUGGCAGGAGAGGUCAAGAACCCAGCCAAAAACUAUCCAUUGGGUGUCAUCACAGUACUGAUCAUCACAAUCGUUACCUAUCUCUUACCACUGUUGGUCGGUAUCCAAGCCAGUCAAGAUUGGGUCAACUGGCAAGACGGACAAUUCUCAUCGAUUGCAAUGCAAAUUGGUGGGUUGUGGUUGGGUGUAUUCAUGUCGAUUGGAGGUAUGGCAUCAUCACUCGGGUUGUUUAAUUGCAACCUGUGUACCGUGUCGCGUAACCUCUACUCGAUGAGUGUACGUGGAUACCUCCCCAAACAACUAUCCAAGUUGCUACCACGUCGUGGCACCCCAUUUGUGUCGAUUCUAUUGACCGCCUUUUUCGUAGGUGUUCUCGUCAUGUUGCCAUUCAACUCGAUUCUCUCACUCGAUAUGACCAUGUACUCGCUCGUCGUCAUUCUCGAAUGCAUCAUCUACAUCAAGAUGUACAUCUUUAAUCCAGAUAUCCCACGUCCCUACCGUGCCUUUAAAAACAGACCUUCAUUGAUCAUUGUCUGUAUGCCCAUUGUCGUUGCCUGUGUCUUGAUCUACACCACUCCAUCCACCACCAAAUGGCAUUCAUCGAUUGCCGUAGCCAUCGGACUCAUCCUAAUGGCUGUCACCUACAUUAUGAGAAAACGUCGUGAAAGAAAUCAACUCUCUAUCGCUGACAUUAACAACCAUUCCGAUUCUUCACCAACAUCUGCGUUCUCUAUCAAUGCUGCUUCAACUGCCGAUGAAACUUCUCCAUUUAUCAACAAAUCAACCAAUACCCAAAAUAAUCAAAAUAACAAUGGUAAUUCAUCAUCAUCAUUCUUUAAUAGAAAUAGAACUGUUGGAAAUGAUGGAGAAGGUGUUGAUCAAUAUUAA